AUGGAUGAGAAGCCUACCACCAAGAAAGGGUCAGGCUUCUGCUCGUUACGCUACACACUGGCUCUCGUCAUGCACUUCUCCAACUUCACCAUGAUAACACAACGUGUGAGCCUGAGCAUUGCCAUCAUUGCCAUGGUGAACAGCACGCAGCAUCAGGACCCAGCGAAUGCAUCCAUUGACCUCCUCAGUAACCUCAGCAGAGGCAUCAAGGACUUCAGUACCCGGGCAGCUGUUUAUCAGUGGAGCACAGAGACCCAGGGCAUCAUCUUCAGCUCCAUCAGCUAUGGAAUCAUACUGACGUUAAUUCCAAGUGGAUACUUAGCGGGGAUAUUGGGAGCAAAGCAGAUCCUUGGCGCUGGGUUGCUCAUCUCAUCCAUGCUCACGCUGUUUACUCCGCUGGCUGCUGACUGUGGGGUGAUUUUGGUCAUCGUCAUUCGCACAGUCCAGGGGAUGGCGCAGGGAAUGGCAUGGACCGGUCAGUUCACAAUUUGGGCAAAGUGGGCUCCGCCACUUGAACGGAGCAAGCUCACCAGCAUUGCGGGUUCAGGGGCCGCAUUUGGGUCCUUCAUCAUCCUCUGUGUGGGAGGACUAAUCUCACAGGCACUGGGCUGGCCUUUUAUCUUCUACAUCUUUGGUAGCAUUGGCUGUGUCUGCUGUGUCCUGUGGUUCACGGUGAUUUAUGAUGACCCCAUGCAUCACCCAUGCAUAAGUGCGAGGGAAAAGGAACACAUCACAUCCUCAGUGGCUCAGCAGUCUAGUUCUCCCAGAAGAUCCAUCCCCAUCAAGGCGAUGGUCAGAUGCCUGCCACUGUGGGCCAUUUUCAUGGGCUUUUUCAGUCAUUUCUGGCUUUGCACCAUAAUCAUAACAUACCUACCGACGUACAUCAGCACAGUGCUGCACGUUAACAUCAGAGAUAGUGGGGUUCUGUCCUCCCUGCCUUUCAUUGCUGCCUCAAGCUGUACAAUUUUAGGAGGUCAGAUGGCAGAUUUCCUUCUAUCCAGGAAUCUUCUCAGCUUAAUCGCAGUUCGAAAACUCUUUUCAUCCCUGGGGCUCCUCCUCCCAUCCAUCUGUGCUGUGGCCCUGCCUUUUGUGACUUCCAGCUACAUAGCAACCAUUGCUUUGCUGAUACUCAUUCCUGGGACCAGCAAUUUGUGUGACUCAGGGUUCAUCAUCAAUACCCUAGACAUUGCCCCCAGAUAUGUAAGUUUCCUCAUGGGCAUCUCAAGGGGAUUCGGUCUUACUGCAGGAAUCAUCUCAUCCACUACCACCGGAUUCCUCAUCAGUCAGGAUUCUGAAUCAGGAUGGAGGAAUGUGUUUUUCCUGUCUGCUGCUGUCAACAUGUUUGGUCUGAUCUUUUAUCUCAUAUUUGGACAAGCAGAAAUCCAGAACUGGGCCAAAGAAAGGACUCUCACCCGCCUCUGAGGAUGUAGGGUUGGAGACCAACCAAAGUGCUGACCCUUAACAUAUUUUGCUUAUCACCAUUCUUUCUUUGUACUUAUGUCUAUAGAUACAGCACUUCUUUAUUCUGGCUGGGUGCUAGCUUUUUCCAAAGAGCUUCAAAACAGAUCCCAGGCUACUCCCCAGAGUGAGCUAGUCUGGGUUGGAA